CCAUUAUGAAGAGUUUGUCUUUCAUAUCUGCGGACUGAAAGAGUUCUUGAAGAUGUUUCACAGAUUCUGCUUCUGUUUGUGUUUGUGGCGUCUGGUUGGUGGAGAAUAUUAUUAUCAAGUGCUGAAGGGAAAAUCAGUCACUCUGAGCCCUGAUCUCACUGAACUGAAGAAUGAUGAUCAGAUUCAGUGGAGGAUUAGAGACACUUUAAUAGCAGAAAUCAAUGUAACGGCAAACAGAUUCUCUGUAUUUGAUGGUGUUCUUGAUGGGAGAUUCAGAGACAGACUGAAACUGGACAAUAAAACUGGAUCUCUGACCAUCACAGACAUCAGAACUGAACAUGCUGGAGUUUAUAAAGCACAGAUCAAUCACAUGUUCAAGCGCGUUAUUCUCAAAGUCUCUGAUAAAAUAGAAGUGAAGGGAGAGAAAUCAGUCACUCUGAGCUCUGGUGUCUCUGAACUGAAGAAUGAUGAUCAGAUUCAGUGGAUGUUUGGAAAUGGAGCCACUUUAAUAGCAGAAAUCAAUAAACAGACCAACAGAUUCUCUGUAUUUGAUGAUGUUCUUGAUGGGAGGUUCAGAGACAGACUGAAACUGGACAAUAAAACUGGAUCUCUGACCAUCACAGACACCAGAACUGAACAUGCUGGAGUUUAUAAACUACAGACCAACUCUGAAAUCAACUCUGUUAGACUGAGAGUUUCGGGAGACAGUAAAGUAGUGUCUGUGAAAAUGAGGAAUUCAGUCACUCUGAGCUCUGGUGUUACUGAAAUGAUGGAUGAUGAUCAGAUUCAGUGGCGGUUUGAAGAUAACUGGAGGUUUAGAUUUAAACACACUUUAAUAGCAGAAAUCAAUGUAACGGCUGAUAGAUUCUCUGUAUUUGAUGAUGUUCUUGAUGGGAGAUUCAGAGACAGACUGAAACUGGACAGUAAAACUGGAUCUCUGACCAUCACAGACACCACUGGUGAACAUAACGGAGAUUAUAAAGUACAGAGCAGCUAUAUUAAUAUUACUUUCCAUCUCAUUGUCUAUGAUGAAAUAUCAGUGACGGAGGGAGAUUCAGGCACUCUAAACUCUUGUUUCACUGUAAUAAAGUAUAAUACAUUGAUUUACUGGAUGUUUGGAAAUACUUUGAUCGUUGAAAUCUAUGACCGAAACAACAAGUUCAAUUUACAUGAUGAUGUUCUUGAUGGGAGAUUCAGAGACAGACUGAAACUGGACAAUAAAACUGGAUCUCUGACCAUCACAGACACCAGAGCUGAACAUGCUGGAGUUUAUGAACUUCUGUUUGACCGUGUAAGAAUAAGGAGUUUCAUUCUCACUGUUGACUCUGUUCACUGCUGUGGUCCUACUGAAGCUGCGAUCCGAUUGGUCCUCUCUGCUCUGGUGGGCGUGGCUAUUGUCAUUAUUGUGCUUUAUGACAUCAGAUCCAGAAGAGCUGAACAAGAUCAAGCACAUAUUGACGCAUCACAAACCUGAAUGAUGAUGUCAGAGAACUGCUUUCAGUCAUUUCAAGAUUUUAGAUGAACCUGAUGAUUCUGAUGCAGCUCAUGUGAGGGUUUGUUAUAAAUACAGCAGCAGAAUUAAAACACAAAGCUUUGCUUUCAUUUAGUUCAGUAACAGGCUUUACCAAUUAACAUUUUAUAAAUGAUGGAAUUUUUCAUGUUCCUCUUUUGUAGUGUGAUUUUAUUACAUUUCUCUAA